CUGUAAGAAGGUAUUAGGAAGGACUUAUAGGAUUUGGUUUGUGUUGGAAGAUUUGGAUAAGGUUCAGGGGAGUGGGGCUCUGCUCUGGAUUAAAGGAGAUGGGGGUAAUUCUGUGACUGAGUAUCAAUAAAUCUUAUCUGCAAGGUGGAAGGAAUGAAGGAAAGCUAAAGCUGUGAUUGGCCAAGAAGCUACUUUCAUAUUAGCCGAACUAAUAGGGAGAUGUUUGGUUAUUUUUGUGGUUUGGGCAAUGUUCUUACUUUUUCCUGUGGUCAGACAUGUGUGGUCAUGUUUUAGCCUUGAUCUAUCAUGGUCACAGAGUGGACUUAUCUGGUGUUUUGUGCAAUUGUUUAUUUCGACAGAACACCAAGGUCUAACUGAUACCAGGCCAGCUCUCUUUCUCAAACCUCAUGCCCAUUCCUUUUACCAAGCUGACCCCCUGCCUCAGAUACUCUCCUCCCUCCUCCAGCCAAACCCUAUUUAAAUUCAAAUUGAACUCCACAAAAUUCCAUCUUUCCUGUGAAGCUUUCCUAAAUACUUCUUUCUCCAUUGGAUUAUCUUUUCUGAAUGCAUCUAAAAGUCUUGGUUGGCAUGCCACAAUUUAGUAUUCAACUGCCUUCACUCUGGAAUGGUUUGACUUGUUUCAUGUGUAUUUUUCUUCUCUGCUCAGUAGGUUGCAAAUCUUUAUAGGGGCAGGGUCAUUUCCUACAUUUCACUAUCCCCUUAGAACUGAGCACCCUGCUGAGGUGAAACUAAUGGCUGGUGUGAAUAAAGGGGGCGACUCUGCAUCUGUGACACAGCUCUGAAAACACAGCCACAAGCCAGCAAUGGAAAAGCCACCAGCUUGCCUUUCCCCUUUUUAACACUCUGACCUUUUAUCUUCCCAUCUUUCCAUUAAGAAAUCAUGUUUGAAUUUUUCUUUUGGAGCAUUCAUUUCUUCCCAAGUGUUACUUUUGGAAAUGUCUUCUGUCCCUAACUGACCUUUAGUACAGGAUCUGCAUUGUUGUCUCUUCUCACCCUUCCAAAGACCUGGCGGAUAGCAUGAAAAGCCCAGCAGUCCCCCACUAACAGAAGCUCCUGCCUGGCUCAUCGUCGCAGGAAGUAGGAUGCAUGUGAACUGUCUCCUCUGGGGCCGUGCGGAGGGUCACCCACGAGGGCCAAUGCCCAGGACUUUGGCUUAAGUCAGGGCACAAGACCUCUAAGCCUGAUUAGCCUACACGCCCUCCAGCCCAUCCCUUACUCCCUAGGCGGACACUCAGCAGGUUUAGGGAAAACUUAGUUGAAAGCUGCAAGUUUCAACCACUCUGCACAGAAAAGCUGACAUUCGGGGGAGGGCACAGUACCCUUUCGCACGGAGGACGCGAUGGCUCCCAGGAAACGCCCAGAAACCCAGAAGACCCCCGAGGUGGUUGUGCGCCCCAAGACCAGGAGGAGCAGAAGCCCCGGGGAGCUGGAGCCCGAGGCCAAGAAGCUCUGUGUGAAGGGCCCCGGUUCUAGCAGAAGAUUUGACUCAGGCUGCCUUUGGGCGGGGUUGGCUAGCCUUCAGGUCCCGCCAUCAUACACCAGCAUCGUCAGGGCCCUUCACCACCAUAAGCUGGGCAAAGCUGCCUGGCCAUCACUACAGCAGGGUCUCCAGCAGUCCUUUGUGCACUCUCUGGCUUCUUACCGGAUAUUCCAAAAGGCUGCCCCUUUUGACAGGAGGGCCACAUCCUUGGCAUGGCACCCAACUCACCCCAGCACCCUGGCUGUGGGUUCCAAAGGGGGAGAUAUCAUGCUCUGGAACUUUGGCAUAAAGGACAAACCCACCUUCAUUAAAGGGAUUGGAGCUGGAGGGAGCGUCACUGGGCUGAAGUUUAACCCUCUUGAUACCAACCAGUUUUUCACCUCCUCAAUGGAGGGAACAACUAGGCUGCAAGACUUUAAAGGCAACACGCUCCGAGUGUUUACCAGCUCAGACACCUGCAACAUCUGGUUUUGCAGCCUGGAUGUGUCUACCAGAAGCCGAAUGGUGGUCACAGGCGACAAUGUGGGACAUGUGAUCCUGCUGAACAUGGACGGCAGGGAGCUUUGGAAUCUGAGAAUGCACAAAAAGAAAGUGACCCAUGUGGCUCUGAACCCAUGCUGUGAUUGGCUCCUGGCCACAGCCUCUGUGGACCAAACAGUGAAAAUCUGGGACCUGCGCCAGGUUAAAGGGAAAUCCAGCUGCCUCCACUCGCUGCUGCAUAGCCAUCCUGUCAACGCAGCUUGUUUCAGUCCUGACGGAGCCCAGCUCCUGACCACUGACCAGAAGAGUGAGCUCCGGGUUUACUCGGCCUCCCAGUGGGACUGCCCCCCGAGCCUGAUCCCACACCCUCACCGCCACUUCCAGCACCUGACGCCCAUCAAGGCAACCUGGCAUCCUCGGUACAACCUCAUUGUUGUGGGCCGAUACCCAGAUCCUAAUUUCAAAAGUUGUACCCCCCAUGAAUUAAGGACCAUUGAUGUGUUUGAUGGAAGCUCAGGGAAGAUGAUGUAUCAGCUCUAUGACCCAGAAUCUUCUGGUAUCAUUUCGCUCAAUGAGUUCAAUCCCAUGGGGGACACGCUGGCCUCUCUGAUGGGUUAUCACAUUCUCAUUUGGAGCCAGGAAGCUGGGAUGCGGAAAUGAGACACAUUAAUGACGGUGUGGGCCAAGCAAGGGCUUGGAGCCACCUGAGAACAAAUCCUGUGAGAAGAGGCGGCUAUGUGUUAAAGGGCCAAAGGUAUCCAAGUCUUAGGGUCGGAGCAGGGACACUGUGGCAUGGGACACUGUGGGACUGGGACACUGGCAUGUUACUGCUCUGGACUUAGAUCCAGAAACUUCUCCAGAGUUGGUGCCCCAGGUGCCCCAAGGGUCCUUGCUAUUAUCUAGCCUGGGGCCAAGGUACUUUUCUUUGACGUGCAGUGGCAGAGUGAUCAGGUAGUGGUUUUCAGUUUGUGCUCACUAUUGACAUGGCCAAUAAAACCAUACCCAACUGA